AUGGCCCCGGCUGUGGAUAUGACCGCCGCGCCCACCGGGGUCCGCAGCGACGAACUGCCCGCAUCCGCCUUCAGCAGUCCCGCCGGCGGCGCGCUCCCCGUCGCGGCUGCGAUGGGCGGGGAGGAGGAAAGCGACAAGCCCAAGGUCUCCCCGUCCCUUCUGCCGUUUAGCGUGGAGGCGCUUAUGGCCGACCACAGGAAGCCGGGAGGCAGGGAAGGACCCGAGGGCGCCGGGCCCCCACCGGGCGCUGGGGCGGCCGCCCGCACCAGUCUCAGCCCUCGCCUGGGCACGCUGUCGGCGGAGGCGCCGCCUUCCCCGCUGCCCCUCGGCGGACACUUCUCCGUCGGGGGGCUGGUCAAGCUGCCCGAAGACACGCUCGUCAAGGCGGAAAGCCCCGAGAAGCAGGAGCGGAGUCCCUGGAUGCAAACCCCACGGUUCUCGCCGCCUCCCCCGAGGCGGCUGAGCCCCCCCGCCUGCACCCUGCGCAAGCACAAGACAAACAGGAAGCCCCGGACGCCCUUCACCACGGCGCAGCUGCUGGCCCUCGAGAGGAAGUUUCGGCAGAAGCAGUACCUGUCCAUCGCAGAGCGUGCAGAGUUCUCCAGCUCGCUCAGCCUCACUGAGACCCAGGUGAAGAUCUGGUUCCAGAACCGUCGCGCCAAGGCCAAGAGGCUCCAGGAGGCCGAGCUGGAGAAGCUGAAGAUGGCAGCCAAGCCCAUGCUCCCGCCUGCUGCUUUCGGCAUCUCCUUCCCACUGGGCGGCCCGGCCGUGGCCAGUGCUUCCCUGUACGGCGCCUCCAGCCCUUUUCAGCGGGCAGGGCUGCCCGUGGCUCCUGUGGGACUGUACACAGCACAUGUGGGAUACAGCAUGUACCACCUCACAUAGAGCCUGAGCCCAGCCCAGCCCUGCUGGCUGUCUGCUCCUGCUGGCUCCACACACAUUCCCUCCCUGCUCCUCUGGCUCUUCUCUGUGGACUUCCCCAUGGACCCUAUGGCAGAGACUCCGCCAGUCUGGCUCUGCUUGACCUCUCUGCUUCCCCCUCUGAUGCUGAGCCCCUAUCUCAACGCUGUUCUUAUGUCCUCAGCAGUCCUGGGGAGCUGGCAGAAACCCGAGGCAUCACCCCAGAUUUUUCCAGGCGCAGGGUGGUGAUGGGCCAACUGUGUCCUGCUUCUCUGGGUCUAGCUGGCAGCCUGCAGAGAGCACCCUGCCAUGGGGGAAGGAACUGUGGAAGAGAUGGAAAAAGGGGACUGAAAGACGGGAUGUUUUUCUUGCUUUCUGCCAGGCAAGGUCAAGAGGUAGAAGUGUAAAACAACCUUUCCCAUUCCCAUGUGACAGCGUUGUCUGUUACCUUCUUUGCUCCUCCACCAGCUCCUUUGGAAGGGGCUCUGUGUACUA